GCCACUAUUCCCACAAAACCUUUCAGGUUCCUGUUUCGGUCUGUUUACCACCCCGCGUACCGCCCUCCCCGCCGGCGCACCGGCGAAAAAGUUCAAAACCCUACUUACCACCCCGUGUGCUUUAAUCUGCUAUGCUCAAUGGCUGAGCAAGUCGAAGAUGUCUCUACAUUACCGUUACCGGAUGCCUUCCUCGAUUUUCUCAGGCGGAACGGUUUGGAUCCUUCAAUUUAUGCUGCUUCUCAUUCCACGCCUCGUUACAUUAGGUUAAAACCCGGUUGCGAAAGACACCUCAUGGAAAUUGAAGCUGAGAUUAAAUGCAAGCUUAAAGAAGUGUCUUGGUUGCCUUAUUUCUACUAUCUUUCGCCUGAUGUUGGAAUCGCUAGAACGAAGGCGUAUCAAGAAGGAAAGAUAUAUGGUAUUGAUGCAGCUUCUGGAGCUGCUGUUUUAUCUUUGGGUAUCUCACCAGGAGAUCAUGUCCUCGAUCUCUGUGCUGCACCUGGUGCUAAACUUUGUAUGAUAUUGGACCUUCUUGGCUGUUCUGGUACCGUGACUGGUGUUGAUGUUUCUAGACAUCGAUUAGCAGCUUGCAGAAAUAUGCUGCAGAAGUACACACUUGGUGACCGUUGCCGUCUGUUUGUUGCUGAUGGAACAACAUUUUCCCUUAUUCCUGUGAGGGUUUGUUUGAACUCUAAAUCAUCUGCUGCUGAAGAACAAUUAGAGGUGUACAAGGAGUGGACUCCUCGGAGAUCAUGGAAAGAAAGGAAACGAGCAGCUAAAACUAGAGAAAAUGAUGCUUCUCAGUUCUUUUCACAAAUUCAGGAUCCAGAGCUUAUAUUUUAUGGGCAUCAUUCUGGAGUGGUUGGUUUGAGUAAAUGUGAAGUGUAUCAAAGUCUCAACGACCAUGAGCUCUUGCAAUUAGGUUAUGACAAGGUCCUCGUUGAUGCAGAAUGUACACAUGAUGGUUCAAUUAGGCACAUCCAAAAAUUUGAACAAUGGGGAUGGACAACACUUCAGCGCCGAGUACUGGAUGCAGAGAGAACUGAUUUCUUGACUGUCCUACAGUUAAAACUCCUAGCCAAUGGGUUCAGAUUGCUCAAAGUUGGUGGAUCUCUUGUCUACAGCACGUGCAGUUUAACUCUUUCUCAAAAUGAAGAUGUGGUAGAGCAGUUCCUUUCACAAAAUGCAUCUGCAGAGUUGCUGGAGAUAGAUGCUGCCCAAAACUGGCCUUGUAAGAGUGCUAGAAUUCCCAAGACUCUGCGCUUUGAUCCGUUGACAUCUUCUACCAGUGGACUUUUCAUUGCAAAGUUCACAAAGCUAGCCGUUUGAAGUAUCGUGUUUAUAUGUUAGUAUUCUGCUGUUCAUGGAUGAAGAUUGGAGUGUCAAAUUUAUAGCGCCGAAUUAAAGAAUCUUGAAACGUGCCUUGGCAAAAGGCUGUCAUGUCCAAGCAGUUGCAUUCAAAUGAAAGAGCACCUACCGGAAAUGCAACAAAGAUUCGGCACUACAUUAUUGUAACAUGACCACACCAUAUAUAACGUCGUUUUGGGUUCGCCUAUUCAUGCAUUAAUUGCGAAUUUUUGAGUAUCAUCUUUGUAUGAAUAGAAAACAUUAGGAGUGUGUUUGCUAAACAUCGUAAUGAUGCAGACUUCAACAUCCCUGUUCAUUUUUAACUGUAUAAAUUUGGUAAAUUUCAUUUGGGAUCA